GUUGACGAUGCUCACAUGGUAGGGACGCACUGCACUUGGAUUUCCAAUACCAUACGACGCCCCAUCUCAAAGCAAGCUGCACAUCGAGUCAAGGAGAGGAGCAAAGCCAUGGAGGUCCCUGCGAUCGACCUUGCGGAGUUCGAGAGUGAGGAGAGGAGCAAAGCCAUGUCUCGAUUUCACCAAGUGUGCGGGAAUUGGGGCUUCUUCUGGGUCGAGAACCAUGGAGUAGCUGUGGCUUUGAUGGAGGAGGUGAAGAGACAUGUGUACUCCCACUACGACAAGUGCCUCAAGGAAAGGUUCUACGACUCGGAGUUGGCGAAGGGACUCGGGCCUCAAACCGAUGCCGCAGAAGUCGACUGGGAGACCACCUACUUCGUGCAGCAUCAGCCGGAAUCAAGCACGGAAGACGACCUCGGCCUCGGGGUAGAAUUCCGCGAAGCCAUGGAUGCUUAUGUCAGCCAACUGACCAAGCUCGCGGAGAAGCUCGCGGAGUUGGUCAGCGAGAACCUGGGACUGGACGAUGAUCAUCUGAAGAAGACAUUUGCGCCUCCAUUUGUGGGCACGAAGGUGGCCAUGUACCCACAGUGUCCUCAGCCGGAGCUGGUGACGGGCCUCCGCGGCCACAGCGACGCCGGCGGCAUCAUCCUGCUGCUACAGGACGACACAGUCCCAGGCCUGGAGUUCUACAAGGACGGGGAAUGGGUGCCGGUGACUCCGAACAAAGGAAACCGCAUCUUCGUCAACUUCGGCGAUCAGGUGGAGGUGGUCAGCAAUGGCUUGUACAGGAGCAUGUGGCACCGGGUGCUGGCCGAUAAGCACGGCAGCCGGCUCUCCGUGGCGACGUUCUACAAUCCGGGCGGCGAUGCCAUCGUCGGGCCGGCUCCGAAGCUGCUGUACCCCGGCGGAUACCGGUUCCAGGACUACCUCCAUUACUACUUCGGGACCAAGUUCUCAGACAAAGGAGCAAGGUUUCAGGCCGUCAAGGAAAUGCUCGAGUGAAGGUCUCGUGGCUUAAGCAAUAAGAGUGUUCUCCCGCAUUUAAGACUACUACCCUGUUCUGUUCCGUUCCGUUCUGUUUUACUGUGUCUUUGACAUCAACAAAAUUGGUAUGAUUUAGAUA